UCAUCCUGUGAUUGUCUGGUCAUUGCUGCUCUCAUUUAUGAUGUGGUCGAUGUCUGAUGUCUACUGAUUCGAUCCAUUACAUCAAGAGUGUGUCGGCUCACUCUGACUCCAGCUCUGACUGGAUUACCAGUCCUACGCUCUGCUUUCGUUUGUGUUAUUUUGUGCUCCAAGAUUUUAAGUUCUCUGGUCAGGCUAGUACUCUGCUCUAAGAGCCUAUGUCUGACCUGGUCUUGUACCCUGAUGCCACCUAUGUGGUCUGAUUUUAGUUCUAGCUUUGUAUGUACUCUGAGUCAAAGUCUCCAUGCCACUUAGCGUUGUGACUCAGGGUAAAGUCUGUACCCUAUCCAUCUUUCUAUACAAGUUCCAACUUUGCACUCUUCUCCCAAACCUGUACUCUGUUUCAAACUUCAUAACCUCUCCAACGCAGUCGUCAAUAUGACAAAUCAAACACACCCAUAUGGACCGCUUCUGGUCACCCUGACUACUGCAUACGAUCUCCGCUGGAGUGACAAAGGCAGCGGCGGCAAGAAAGACGCUUCCUUCUGGCAUGCCAAAUCGCAGGGCGAUCUUCGACCUCUUGGUACCGUCGCACUUCAAGGAUAUGACGACCCGAAUAAUCGAAGAGCAGCACUCUUGAUCGGACCCCAUGGUCAGGCAUCCGUCGCGCCUCCCAUCAGAUAUGACCAAGUCUACAAUGACAAAGGCACUGGAUCAAACCGAGAUGGAUCGAUCUGGCGACCAGUAGCACCUGCAAGCUACCAUGCUUUGGGCGACGUCGUGGCAGCAGGCUAUAAUGCUCCCAGCCUCGAUGAUAUCUGGUGCGUUCGAAGCGAUCUUGUCACUGCUGGAAAGUUCAGUGACCUGGUCUGGGACGACCACGGAACUGGAGGCGACAAUGAUGUUUCUAUCUGGGAUGUCCAGCCGCGUGAUGCACAUUUCGAGGCAGACAAGGUCCCUUUCAGUGGAGAUACUUUCAUCAGUGCGAACAACUAUUCGGCACCCAACAAUGCACUCGCCAAAGCCUUGCUUGUCGACGUUCCCGCCCACAUCUUCGAGGGUGGCAGCCGCGAGGCGCCUCGAUUAACCAGCAAAGUCGCGCCCUCAGCAUCAACGGCUCUCGAGUUGGAUCGCUCUGUCGUUAUCCCUUUCACCUGCGUCUUCCCAGCCAACGACCAGACAUCGGUGGACUUGAUUUUCAAUCCCUUCAUCUCCAUCGAGCAAUGGGGCAAUUGGACCCUCGCCCUUUUCGACAACAACACUGUUUCAGUCAAGCAGUCUUCGUCCCAGGAAAUCACCACCGGAAUCACCAACAGUCAAACCGAGACUUUCGAGCACAGCACUGGUGUCAAGAUCUCAGCUGAAGUCGGUGUCGAACUCGUGGGCAAAGUUACAACAGAACUAUAUUAUCAGUUCACUUACACCACCAGCGCCAGUACCGAGACCUUGAGAAGUCAAACUAUCACUCAUACCUUGACGACACCGCCACAACACGCUGCGGCUUUGUGGGUCAAGCAUUUAGCGUACCGAGCUGUGAGGUUGGCUGAUGGAUCCAUUAUUGGUCAAGAUCUGCCAUUCGACCUCCCGGUCACUUCGCGAAGCCAGUUUCCGGAGGAUGAGUUGGGUGGUUGCUUGUGUGGGAUGAAACUUCAAGCUGAGCAGUCUAAGUUGUAUCGUUUCUGAGAUCGAAUUCUGCUAGAAUAGAUAGCUCUCCACUCCUACUUCAAAUUGCAAAGCCAAUAUCAUUCAUUUCUUCUCCAAUACAUAAAAGU